UGCCAAGUUGAAAUCCCUCCUCAAAUUUUGAAAGUUCUCUCGUCCAGUGUGGAGUCGGGUUUCCGCGCUUGUAAUCGAUCUACGCGUUAAAACACAACAAGGCUCUUCAAUAAUUUAACAGCGCGCCUGGAGGAUCUACUGAGAAAAAAACAACGUGUCCACAGAGAUGAUAAUCCUCGGCGCUGGAGUGAGAAAAGUUUGAAACGUGAAGAUCGUAGAGGAGGAGGAGGAGGAGGAGGAGUACAAAAAGAAAGUCGAGUGAACUUCGGUCGAGAGGAAGACGAAGAGAGAGAUAGAGCAGAAAUGGAUGCCUUCAGCACAAAGAACUUGGCGCUUCAGGCACAAAAGAAGCUUAUGAGCAAGAUGGCCAACAAGACAGUGGCUAACAUGUUCAUUGAUGACACGAGCAGUGAGGUGUUGGAUGAACUGUACCGCGUCACCAAGGAGUACACUCGCAAUCGCAAAGAGGCGCAGAAGAUCAUCAAGAACCUCAUCAAGGUCGUGGUCAAGCUGGGCGUGCUCUACCGCAACAACCAGUUUAACGCUGAUGAGCUUGCCCUGGUGGAGCGCUUUCGCAAGAAGGUCCACACACUGGCCAUGACGGCCGUCAGCUUCUACCAGAUUGAGUUCACCUUUGAGCGCCGUGUCAUGUCUGCAAUCCUCAACGAGUGUCGGGAGCUGCUGCACCAGGCCACUAACCGGCACUUGACCGCCAAGUCCCACUCUCGCAUCAACCACGUCUUCAACCAUUUUGCAGACUGUGAAUUCCUGGCUGCCCUUUACAGCCCUUCCGAUCUUUACCGUGUCCAUUUGCAAAAGAUCUGUGAUGGCGUCAACAAGAUGCUGGAUGAGGGCAAUCUCUGACUGCCAGCCCACUGCCCAUGACACACCUUGGCAGAAUGAAAAAGACAAUUAGAGGUGCUGGCAAGUUGUGUUUGUCAUUGGCACAAGCUGAUUGGUCACGGCCUACAGUUCUGAGGACAGCGACUCUCAAAUUACCAUAAGCAUAUGUAGGGGAACGUGGUUGGCGCAGAGACACAAUUUGGGGUGGGUGGGGGUUAUUUGAGCUGGCACUGACACAUAGUGAAGGUCUCGGGCAUGUUGGGUGGCACUGACAUGCUGAAGGCCUUAUGCAUCUGGACUGUCACUUAAACUUUGUGGAAUUGAAGCACUUGGGUUGGCACAGAGAAAUUUGGAGGGGUGAUGAGGCACUUGGGUGGAGUGGCAUAACCAUGAAGGAUAGGGGGUUGAUACAUGUACAAAACAGGUUCUGUGGCACUUUUGUUGGUAAAAAUACAAGGGAGAAAUAGGCUGGCACACAUAUCAGAACUCCAAAG